UGUAGCGGGUUUCCUCUCUAUGACUGUCAAAAAAUCACAUAUGUUUGACAUCCAGUAGCUGAUGAUUACUAAAUCAAUGUGCUCUAGUGGUGUUGUUAAACAAAACAAACUUUCGUAUUCACCGAAUUCAGCCUCAGUUUGCAUUUAGCGAUUUGGUGAAUGACAGCUUAAACUCUGGUUUACAAAGGCGGAUCUAGGGGUUGGCCCCCUACAUUUUGCGACAGUUACAAUUUUAUAUAUAAAUUUUAAUUUUUUUUACUAGUGUCAACUUACGAAGAUAUGUGGUGGCUGGGAACACUAUAAUUACUCUCAUUAUUAUUUUUAGAGAUUAUACGGUCUUCAGCAGAAAUUACCUGUGUGGGUGUGUGUGUUUUCUUAUUUAAAAUCAGCUGAUUACUUCCAAAUCUCUUGGUUGGUGGUUGUUGGUUGGUUUUGUUUAAUGACACAACUAGAGCACAUUGAUUUGUUAAUUAUCAGCUAUUGGCUGUCAAAUAUAUGUCAAAAAAUUACCAAAUGUUUGACAUCCAGUAGCCAUGAUCAGUUAAUCAAUGUGCUCUAGUGGUGUCGAUAAACAAAACAAACAUUUUUUUUUAAAGUAAUAGUUACACAAUAUAUGUUCGAAUUUACAGCAAGGAUCAUGUAUAUACUCUAUUACAGUGCAGUCACUUAUUUCAGUGUUUUUGUUUGACUUCAGAUUUAGCCGUUAUUUCUGGAAGACUUUGAUAUGCACCAUUACAGUGCAGUGACUUUUUUCAGUAUUUUUGAUUGGCUUCAAAUUUAACCAUUAUUUCUGGAAGACUGAUAGUAAUACACACUAUUACAGUGUUAUGACUUUUUUCAGUGUUUUUGAUUGGCUUUAGAUUUAACCAUUAUUUCUAGAAGACUGAUAUACACUAUUACACUGCAGUCACUUUUUCCAGUGUUUUUCAUUGGAUUUGGAUUUAGCCGUUAUUUCUGGAAGACUAUUAAUCUCAUAUAUUCAAGUCUGUUUGUGCUAAAGUUAUUCAGGUUAAAUUAUUUGCAAACUGUCCGAUUAACUCGCAUUUCCUAGACUAGUUCAAAUGACUUGCAUCAGGGUGGGGAAAGAUGGCAUAUAUAUAUAUAUAUCGGUGAUUGUUGUUUAUAAUGUUUACAUCCUCGCGCUUAACCUCCUGUGUUGUGACUAAUAGGUUCUACAGUUAAGUAGCUUCUAGGAUGAAUUUCCUGCCCAAAUUAUACUGAUAGUGUGGCCUGGGGAAAUUGAUGCAAGACGGAUGUGUCAUUAUUGACCACAUUUUGCUGGUGGCUUGUGUUAGCAGCUUUUUUCUUCCACACUAGCUCAACACUGGUGCUGUAAAAUGGGCGGCUGCAUUCGUAUGUUGACUUCCUGAUGACGAAGAACUGAAGAACUUGCUGCAGUAAUUUGGAAUAUAGAUCCUCUGACAUGUAGAACAAUUGGAUGUACUAAGUACGCGGGAGUUCUGCAUAUGACAAUCAAACUCUGUCUCUCUCUAUUUCCCUAUCUCUGACUUGGAGUCUUCCCUCUUUAUUACUGUGUGCAAUUCUCAUCAUGGAAUCUUCCAGUGGAUUUCCAGGAGACUGAGGAAUUCCUGUCUGAAUGUAUGUAUAUACAACAUGUGGCGCCCAUCACUCAGCGUAACCCGAAACUUCACUAUUAAUAGCCUCUCAGCCACCACCACCACUAGUAUUGCUGUGGCAGUAGAGGAUGGGUCCUGACUGCUCCCCCCUCCCCCCUCCAUGCAUCAUCAUGCUCUGCUUCUGCAGCUAACUGUAGGCUGGUUUCAGCCAUAGCGGCUCGGUGCCAGAGAAAGUUGGAACCUGCGUGAUCUGGUUGAAGAAAAGUGAUACCUCCCUGGCUUAGCUAAGUUUGGCUGCUUCUGUAUCUGGCUGCCUGUCCCAGGUUGGCAGACGAGAAAUGCGUGUGGAUGUACUUGGGUCUUUCAGAGAAUGGGGAGACAUGCCAGCCUCCGAAUCCAACAAGCAUGCUCUUAGACGCCGCAAGGACCAGGAAGGGACGGAGCGAGCACCAAGCGUCGUGGACGAUGAAGAUGGCCACCUGAUCUAUCGUCAAGGAGACCUCCUGCAAGCUAGAUAUGAAAUUGUUUCCACUUUAGGUGAAGGGACUUUUGGAAAAGUUGUGGAAUGUAAAGAUUUACAAAGGGUCCCUGAAAGGGUUGCACUGAAAGUGAUAAAAAAUGUGGAGAAAUACCGCGAAGCCGCCAAGCUUGAGAUUAACGUGCUGGAGAAGUUGCGUGAAAAAGACAGAGAAUCAAAGUAUUUGUGUGUGCGCAUGUUGGACUGGUUCGACUAUCAUGGCCACAUUUGUCUCGCCUUCGAAAUGCUUGGUCUCAGUGUCUUCGAUUUCCUGAAAGACAACAACUAUGCUCCAUAUCCACUGGAACAAGUUCGCCACAUGUCCUAUCAGAUGUGUUAUGCUGUUCACUUUUUACAUGAAAAUCAGCUGACACAUACAGAUUUGAAGCCUGAAAAUAUUUUAUUCGUCAGUUCAGACUUCGAUGAGAUAUAUAAUGCAAGAAAGAGAAGAAACGAGAAAAGAAUAAAAAAUACGGACAUUCGGUUGAUCGACUUCGGCUCAGCCACGUUCGACCAUGAGCACCACAGUACGAUAGUGUCGACGCGCCACUACCGAGCACCGGAAGUCAUACUGGAGUUAGGCUGGUCCCAGCCCUGUGAUGUGUGGAGUAUCGGCUGUAUCAUGUUCGAGCUUUACACCGGAUAUACGCUCUUUCAAACUCAUGACAACAAAGAACACUUAGCAAUGAUGGAAAGAAUACUCGGUUCCAUUCCGUACCGCAUGGCCAAAAAGACCAAAACGAAUUUCUUCUGGCACGGUCGCCUAGACUGGGACCCGACCACGUCAGCGGGUCGCUACGUGCGGGAGAACUGUAAACCCCUCUACCACGGUCUGAUUGACAAAGGGGUCGAUGACAUCCAGCUCUUUGACCUAAUAGAAAAGAUGCUAGAUUACAUGCCGGAACAGCGCAUCACACUGUCGGAGGCCUUCAAACACCCAUACUUUGCUCCCAUACACCGGGAGUCCCCCACUCGCCAGCUCUCCCCCAUCCCCUCUGACACCACUGUCGUAGUAGAUCGUAGCACCACUAACAGCUUGGGUGUAGUAGACAUUACUGACAAACCUAGCAUGCAUGACACUGAGGCUGUUGUUGUUGCUGCUGUAGCUGAUGUUGUCGAACAGGAGCUGGUGAAAGACGCUGCUGUGACCGUCUCGGCGCCGAGGUGCCUGGUUGUGGACAGCCCCGACGAGCCCGGCCCCGUCUUUCAGCUGCCCAGUUCAGACACAUCCGAUAACGAUGACAGGGAAGGGUCCUUCCGUACUCUAGCCACCCCGGCGUUAAGGAACGUCACUGUUCCCACCCCCGAGAUAAACACACCAGAGAAGUUAAAAAGUUGUACAGAGAGUGUGGAGAAAAGCAUGUCCUCUGAUAAUGUUGCGUCCUCGGAUUCUUUGCAUAAACAUUUUCCUUCCACCGAGGCGAAAGAUGAUAGCAAUGUCCCCCCACCAGUGUCCGUCCCGAGUAGGUUAGGAAAAGAAAAUGCCCCCCCAUCUACUCGAGGGGAAAAUAAUAGUGCCUCUCUUUUUGGUGAUGUAGAAGACAAACGAAUGAUGGCAGAGUUGGAUAGGUUGUUCCCCAAAGGUGAUCCACCCAAACAGAAAGAACUGGACCCACAGAUAAAAAUGGAACUAACGGCAGCACCUGUGGUCAAGUCCAAAUCUACAGGCAUUGGUGAAUCUCGGUCCAGCAUUACUGAUCCCGGGAUACCAACUUUCUCUGUUCAGAGUCCCAGUUUAGAUAUUCCUGAUGACCGUUCUUUCGGUGGGACAGCAUCCACUGAAACAACGUUGCAGACAGAAGUAGGACCUUCUAUCCAGUGUCCUGUACAGGCACCAAGUGUGCCUGAAAGCACAUGUGUGCCACCAGCCGAAGAUCCUGUUUCCAUGGAGACUGGGUCUAAAGAGGCAGUUCGUGAAAAGGCUCUUCCAGAUGCUGCCUGUUCCGAUUCCGACUCCUCCCCAGAGUGUUCUAGUUCCGAUUCUGAUUACUUCCCAGCCCCUGAACACAGUGCCUACUUCUUGUUGAAGAGUCUCACGGAUCCAGUUCACCCAAUGAUGCCCAGUGAUAUGCCUAAGUCCGAUCAGCGGAUGCUCCAGAAACUCAACUCACCCAGUCCUCAGUCGCGGAGGAAGUCCAAUUCUAACAUGUCCGACUAUAGCUCCAAUAGUUUAAAAAGAGGGAAAGGCCAGGGUAAAGGUGUGCUGGGUCAGGAUAAGGAAUCCAGUUCCCCUGUGAAUUCUGAACAGUCUGCUGUGGAGAAGACGUCGGUGUCUAACCCGGCUGUGGGUAGGACCGACCCAUGGCGGUUCCUGAUGGAUUCAGAUGUUGAUAAUCCGAAUGUUGCGCAAGACGAACGGCAUCUAGCCGAUGAUUACUGUGAUCCUAGGUGAUAGUGUGUGACCGCAGAUGGACUUUGCUUUUCUGAGCACAACAUCAUCACUGGUACAGUUGCUCCUGCCCAUAGCCAAGGGUGUUAGGCAGUUAGCUUUACUUUUCUGAGCAGACAUCAUCACUGGUACAAUUGCUUCUGCCCAUAGCCAAGGGUGUUGGGCAGUUAGCUUUACUUUUCUGAGCAGACAUCAUCAUUAUUACAAUUGCUCCUGCCCAUAGCCAAGGGUGUUAUGCAGUUAGCUUUACGUUUUUUGAGCACUGACUUUAUCACUGGUACAGUUGCUCCUUCCCAUGACCAUGGUCAUUAAGCAGUUAGCUUUGGCCAUCAGGGUUUUUUUUAAUUCAAAAUCUUUUUAUUAUGAAUUGUUACAUUGAAAUUCCAUGAUCCCAAAGCCAGAAUUUUUUAAGGAGUGGAUUCUGGUAUACACCUCAGUCCCACCUUCACCCUUUAACAUGACUCCCCUUCCACUUCCUCUUCCGUUUCCCCCAUUAACCCCUUCCACCCACCCAAACCUAACCUUAUUCUUAUGAGUUGCAGGCAGUUGUUAAAACCGUUUAUACCUUGAUAGAGGAGGGACUUGUACUGGUGAUAGAAUCAGUUUUAAUGAUUUGUUGUUUGACUCGGGUCACCAGUAAACCUUUGACAACUGGCUACCUAUAGAGAUUAUGACAAUCAAAAAAAAAAAAAAUGUGUUUUUCAAUGUUUGCCUUAGUUGUAUAUAUUAUGUAAAUAUCAAAGUAAUAUAUUUAAGAGGGAUUGAAUGAUUUGAUGACUUGCUUUGUUUUUGAUGGAAGUUAAAUAAUUGCUAAUUGAGGCAGAUGGUAUUUAUGCAUCAGAUGAUGCAUCGUUAUUGCCAUUAUGUCAUUGUUAACAAAUUCAUUUCACAAUUUCAUACCUAUGUGAUUCAUAAUAUAUAAUGCAUUUUGGUCACAUUAUUGUGUUUGCAAUGAUAUGUUUUACAUCAGUAUAUUAUCUUUAAAAAACCCACCCCAUAAAUAGCUGUGUCAGUGAUUAAUUUAUUAUGUUUCAAGGAGAAAAUGAAACAAAACCUUGUAUAUGUGUAAGUUAAAGUUAUUUUUACUAACCCAUCAUACACCCCAAAGAUUGGACACUUUAGAUUGGACUUCUGCCCUGAGUGAUUACCCCCACCACCACCCCACCCUUACCUAUGUUUCUCUUUUAAACUCUAAUGAAGGUUGAACCUGCUGUUGAUGUUGGUUGGUUGGUUGGUUGGUUGGUUGGUGUAGUGGGUUGUGUAUUUGACUGGAAAUAAGCCCAGCGGGCCAAGACAACUCAUUGUGAGCUUAGCGUGGAGUGGGCUUAUUUUAAAAAUAUACAUUUAAAAAAAAUAGUAAUAAUAAUAAUAAAAUGAAUCAGGAAAAAAACAAAAACAAAAAACGUUCAGUUCCAUAUCUAAAAUUCCUAAAGCGAUUGGUUGGGGAGUUUUCUUUGAUUGCAUAUAGAUUCCAGUUUUAGUUCCUAACUGAUUACUAGUACAAUAGAAACAUGCCCACCUACCAAACCCAACCAACUGUGACAUGUCUACAGUUCCACAAUUUACUACUGUUUUCUGCAUCUCCUAUAUUCAUAUUGGAAUGGAUUUUUAUCUUUCAACUCUUUGGCAUGUCAGUCAAAUUAUAUCUUUGAGUUCUGAUUUCUGUCCCAAUUUGCUGUCUAUUUCCCUCUCUGUCUCUGUCUCUGUCUCUCUCUCUCUCUCUCUCUCUCUCUCUCUCUCUCUCUCUCUCUCUCUCUCUCUCUCUCUCUCUCUCU